AACUCGAAUAAAUCUGCCAAGAACCUAAUAUUAUUUUAUUAUUUCUACCCCUUUUUGUUGUUGUCAAAAUUGCCAAGUUUUAGACGAAACGAAAGCGAUACCAUGGGAGGCAAUUUGAAUCUAAAAAUUGAUCUGCAGAAGCUGGUGGCAAGGUCCAUGGCUGAGGGUCCACGCAGCAGUCAUCGUGGCCAGUGGCGGUUGCAGUGCGGCAAAGUGAGAUAUGCCGUACAUUAUGAGCUGUUGAAUGGUUUGCUCACACUCUUACACCUACGAAGGCGAAGGUGCACGCCCAGCAGGAAGAGUCGCAUUGCCAAGCGUCUGAGGCGUAUGAAGAAGGUGCAGAAACCACAAAAGUUGACCCUGGUGAGUAGCGGCACCCAAACUAAAGGAAGACAAACGCCCGAUGCAGUAAACACUCAGGCGACAAAAGGCAGCCAAACCCCAGAGUCUGUGAUGAAUCAAGACAGCAAAUCCAGUCAAACACUUGAAAUGCUGCUGGAUAGUACAGGCAGCCAAACCUCUGACCCAAUAAUAUGCCAAGACACCAAAGCCAGCCAAAGUCCAGAGUCACCAAGGACACCGAUGGCCAAGGCCAGCCAGACAUCUCCGCGUCGAAUGGAGAACAGAACUGUGGAUGUGGACACGAUGGAUCUCACUCUGAUCUACUCCAGGUAUCAGCAGACACUAAAUCCCAAGCACAAGUCUUGUGGCAGUCAGGGCGAAUCACGGAAUUACAAUAACCGAUCCACGCAAGUGAUGACCAGCACAGGGAACAAUGGCAGUCAGACAACCAUUGAGAUCUGCUGCACGGGCAUGCAGACAGUGCGGGGAAACGAUUGUGUGGCAGUGCAGACCACGGACAACAGACAAUCCCUGCACACCCAGACCGAGGAUAAUGAAGUGUUGCAGCUGGAUGCCUUGAACAUAAUCCAGAAGCACUUUCAAUGCUCCAGGGAUCUCAUCGAAAACGAGCUGAUCCAGAGCAUCAAUAAGCUGGUGGAGAUCAUGCUAAUGGAGUUGAAGGCGUUGCGAUUAGCAGCCGAUCGGCCCGGAGAGGCGUUGAUAGAGGCACGGAACACACCCAAGGCGGCAUCGGGCGAACAGAUCGGAGAUGCACUUACCCAGGAGGAGGAGCAUCGCCAGGAAAAGGCGGACAAGACGAAGGCCAAGAGCAAAUCGAAAAGUUGCUGCAAUCAACCGAAUUCCCAUUUUGCUCUUAGGUGUGCCUCUGGCAGGAAGCAUGGCUAUACGAAGAGGCCACACUGCAACAUGCCGCGGCAUUGGAUGACCAUCGACACGCAGACCGAUGACUUCAAGGAGCUCGAGACGGCGAAGGUCGACGCAUCCACCCAGACCGAGAAGAAGCGGCGUGGCUGGUGGAAGUUUCUUUAAAACUAAAAAGGAAACUGCCGGACCCCACUCCUGACAUCCGAGACUUACCCGAGCAGCCAUGCCGCCGCAUAUGUCGUCCUCCCCAUUGUUGCACUCAAAUCUCUCGCUGAACUUCUUCUUUAGUUUUCUUUUUGUUUUGUUUGUUUUGGCACUUUUUGUUCUGUUUGCAAGUUAAAUCAGAGACGACUCCCGAACUGUGUGUGGUGGGGGCUGUGGCGCCAAACGGCUGGCCAAUGCAUCUAUGUGAAUCGCGUGAGUAACGACUGCAGCUUCGGGAUGUGGAAUCCAGGACAGGACCGGGACCCGUAUGAUGUAUGGCCAAAGAGUUCGCAAAUAAAC